GAGUAAAGCGAUCAUGGGUUCUUCUUCUAGAAAUCUUUAUGCAGGAAUUGGAGAAGGUCAAUCAACUUCUAGGCCACCACUCUUUGUUGGCACCAACUAUUCCUAUUGGAAGGAAUGGAUGAGAUUCUAUAUCCGUUCCACCAACUUCCAAUUAUGCUUGGUCAUCAAACACGGAGAGCAAAUCCCAAUGAAGAAAGUAGGAGAAACCACAGUUCCAAAAACCGAGGAUGAGUUUGAUGCGGAGGACAUCAAGAAGGUUGAAAACUACGCAAAAGCUAUCAACAUGCUUUAUUGUGCAGUCAACCCCGAUGACUACCGGAAGAUCUCCUGCUGCACAACCGCCAAGGAGAUGUGGGACAAGCUUGAAGUGACGUACGAAGGUACCGAUCAAAUCAUCAACGACCUUCAUGCUCUCAAAAAGACUUACACCAACAAGGAUCUCGUGAGGAAAAUCCUGCGGAGUCUCACACCCGAAUGGAGAUCAAAGGCUGACGCAAUCUACGAGUCCAUCGGAGUCUCCAACGUCACCAUCGACGGGCUAAGAGGUAACCUCAAAACCUAUGAAUCUACUAUUCUAACCCCGUCCUUGGAUGAACAAAAGAAGAAAGGAAUAGCGCUCAAAGCAACCAAGGAGAUCGUAGAAGAAGUCUCAAGCGAUGAUGACAACGAGUUCGGACUCGUCAUCAAGAAAUUCCACAAAUUCAUGAAGAAGGAAUUUGAACGGAAAGGAAGAAAGCACGACGGUCCCCCGAAGUGCUAUGGCUGUGGCGAGAUAGGCCACAUCAAGCUAAGGUGUCCAAAAUGCAAAAUCGGCAAGGACAAACCUGGCUUCAAAAAGCAAGGUGCCUAUAUCUCAUGGGGUGGUGACUCCGGCGACGAGUCAACUGACCAAGAAGAGGAGGAAGCCUCCAACCUCUGCCUCAUGGCGCACGAAGAUCAAACCGAUGACAUUCAAGAGUCCCCUCAUGACGUGUUUUCCGAAGAUAAUACUCGCUUGGCGAGAAAGGCUAUUUGUGAUGAGCUUGCAGAUUCACUCGAAAGAUUACAUGUUGAAGACGAUGAAGAAGACACGCCAUUAUACACCAACCCGCAACCACAACCUGAGGAAACACCUCAAGUGAUGGUCGAAAAUGAGGACGAAGCGGACGAAGAAGAACAAGAGGAAGCCCAGGAACAAGAGGAAACCGAACUUCCCAUCGCUUGGAGAAUGCACAAGAACCAUCCACUUGACCAGGUGAUAGGCAGCAUCAACCGCGGGGUAAGUACUCACAAGAACAGGGCAGGAGCUUCCGGCAAAUCCAAGUCCAAAUCCCGGGCACCGCCAACCAAUUCCGAGGAGCGCCUCUACUAUGGCGACGGGUCAUACCUCUGGUUUGAUUCCAAGGAGGAGUGCACCCGUUUCCUCACUUUCUUCUCUAAACGGGUUGUGGCUCCCCCACAAAUCAUCCCGGAGCGCUUCCCGGAGUUGCAAGGCUACGACGACCUAGACGCGCGGCUUCAUCAAGCCGGCCUUUGGCCGUUCGUCUCCCAGGCUCGAAAGGAGAUCAAACCGGCGCUGAUCCGGGCCUUCUACUCCAACCUCCGGCGUGAGGACGACGUCAUCUACAGCCUCAUCAAGUCCAUGCCGAUUGAGCUCACUGUUGAGCAGCUUGGGCGCAUCACCGGCCUCCCCUUCCAAGGCGACGACGUCUCCCACUAUGGCGGAGAGGACUGGGUGCUCAACAACGAGGGUAAUAUCCUCAACGAGCUUGGCAUCACCGAGCUCAUCCGCCAUGCCUCGGGCCGCCCCACCAUCCACUCCACAAACCCCGAAGGCCGUCUUGUCCUCUACAUCGUGUCCCGGAUCAUCAAACCCCGGAAGCAUGGCCACACAAUCAUGUCCGGUGAGGACCUCAAGCUCAUCCACGCGAUCAUGCACUCGGCCCCAAUCAAAUGGGCGAAGUUUGUCAUGAUCAACAUGACGAUCGCCGCGUCCACCGACCACGACCACCUCCUCCCGUACCCGUUCGUGGUUAUGGACAUCCUUGAAAGGUUCAAGGUAACCACCACCGUUGGCCCACUCACGAAGGCCACGAAGCUUUGGACAAUCAGCAACCAAACCUUCACCAAGCGGUCGGACAACGCCGCGACUACUGCGCCACGCCGUGCUGCCCCUGCCGCUGGCCCAGCCGAACCCCAGACCCGAGCCAACCUCGCCUCCAUUGCCGACUCCCUCAACAGGCUCCAUUUCAAAGUUGACGAGAUGGAGGACUACCUUGAACGGCUCGACGUGGCCGUUCAACGCCAAGGGUACGCCAUGAACGCGUACUUCCAAGGCAUCAACUAUGUCCCUCCACCACUCCACGGCACAUUCCUCGGGGAAGUGUAUGAUGAUGAGAACGAAGAGGAUGGCUCCUACUCCCAGUCAAGCUCCCCGGCCGAGGAUAAGUUCGACGAUGCCAUUGAUGGUGAUGAGAUGGACGUUGACGACGACGAGGAGGAAACCGAAGACGAAGCCUAGUACUCCCCUAGAAUUUCUAUCUCUUUUCUUUCAAUUAUCAUGUUUUUUUCCUGCUUCCGUUGUACUCUGCCCUUUCCCUUUAAUAAAUAAAAUUAUCUUUUAUCUUUUUGUUAAUGUCAAAAGGGGGAAGAAAGGGCUAUGCAUAUA